AUGGUUUCUCCACAAGAAGGAACCCUCUUCUCCAGAAAGAGGGGUUUAACAAGCUAUGGAGAAGAGUUUCACAAUUCAUUCAAGAAGACUAAUAUAGAAGAUCAAUCACAUGGUAAACUUCAGAGCACUAGACCAAACUCAGAGAGUAUGAGAUCAGUUACCUUUGAUUUCGAACUUCAUCUCCACACUCCUCUACAUUCAGAUUGGCAGAAAUCCAUAGAGCGAACAUCUGAGGAUCAUAUGACAUACCACCAAAAUUCGGUGGUUGUUGGACGACCUAAAAUGAGCCUAGACCUUGAGCUGAGCCUUUCACCUUCUUAUUCACCUCCAAAAACCACUACAAAGAUAGAUAAAUCCAUAAAUCACAAAGAGACCGUGUCACCAUCGAAUGGUAAAAACUUAACAAGCCCGAGUAAGAAGAACACACAGUCUUGGCUUUCGUUUGACGGUGGUGAUGAAGUUGAUCACAAGGAGCAAGAGAUGGUAACAAAAGUGUGCAUGAAACGCCACAUGCUGGUCAUGCUGUCCACAUCAACUCCUGUUUGUCCCAACUGCAAGUUCAUGCACCCACAUGAUCACAGCUCUACAAAACUGUUCAAACCAAAUUUGCUUAGGCUCCUAUGCUAG